UACCUAAACUCUGGCCCAAAAUUAAAGCAAGGGGAGGUUGCAUGUAAACGACGCACAAUACACGUCUUAUACGCGUCGAAAUAUGAUUGGUUAAUGCUUCGCCGCCUUAGGUUUCGACGUGACCUUCUUACCUAGUCUUCUUUCUUAUCAUCUUUCUAUAAAAUUAAAUCCAUAGACCUCUUCCUCCUUGACAAUCCAAAAAAUCAAAUCUUCUCAAAUUCUCUCCUAAUCGCGACUUACGAUCAAAAAGAUGCAGAUCUUCGUUAAGACUCUCACGGGAAAGACCAUCACCCUCGAGGUGGAAAGCUCUGACACCAUUGACAACGUUAAAGCCAAGAUUCAGGACAAGGAAGGUAUCCCUCCCGAUCAGCAGAGGCUCAUUUUCGCCGGAAAGCAGCUUGAAGACGGCAGAACUUUGGCCGACUACAACAUCCAGAAGGAGUCUACGCUUCAUCUCGUUCUCAGGCUUCGUGGUGGUAUGCAGAUCUUUGUCAAGACCUUGACCGGAAAGACCAUCACUUUGGAGGUUGAGAGCUCCGACACCAUCGACAACGUCAAAGCCAAGAUCCAAGACAAGGAAGGCAUUCCUCCGGACCAGCAGAGAUUGAUCUUUGCCGGAAAGCAGCUUGAAGACGGUCGUACCUUAGCUGACUACAACAUCCAGAAGGAGUCUACGCUUCACUUGGUGCUGCGUCUGCGUGGUGGCAUGCAGAUCUUCGUGAAGACUCUUACCGGCAAGACCAUCACACUGGAGGUGGAGAGCUCCGACACUAUUGAUAACGUGAAGGCCAAGAUCCAAGACAAAGAAGGCAUCCCUCCGGACCAGCAGCGUCUCAUCUUCGCUGGCAAGCAGCUUGAGGAUGGUCGCACCUUAGCAGACUACAACAUUCAAAAGGAGUCGACCCUUCACUUGGUCCUAAGGCUCCGUGGUGGUUUCUGAAACUAUUGUCCUGUGUUUGAUCAAAAAUCAAAUGUCUCUGUUUACUUGCCCUUCUCGUUUUCUUUGAAACUUUUCAUGGUUUGUGUUUGGGGCCUUGUAAAUCCCCUGGAUGAAUAAUUGAUAGAACUAUGUUUGCGUCCUUAUUUCUCUUUCAGUUCCAAGACAUGUCGAAUUGCAUUUAUGUGCUUUGUUUGUGUCCAAAUGUAUUGCGUUUUGGGUUUUGCUUGUUAGAACAAAACUCUGUCAGGUGACAAAAGUUGUUUCAUAGACCA